GUAGCUUUGUUUCCAAGAGGCUAAGCUAAACCCAACCCAAACAAACGCUCCAACCCUAAAACCCCAUUUCUCCCACAUUCGUAUGGAUCUUUCCUCUUCUUUUCCUUCCAAACCCUAAUUUUCGCCCAUACUUAUUUGUGUUCAUCGAUCCUUCGCCCCCCCAAAACACUCGCACUCCUGAAUUCUCCCUCUCCUCUGAUUCUCGCUUCACGCUCUUCUCCCCUCGGGUUCCUCUUAUCAUCUCCAGGCCGUAUCAUUAAAUUUGGUGAAGAUUUUGACUUUGUUAAAUUGCAAGUAUAAUGGCUUCUUCCUUGGAUAUGUCGCUUGAUGAUAGAAUUAAGAACAGGAGUAACAGAGGGAGAGGUAGAGGACGUGGCAGAGCCCAGACUGGCCGUGGACCAAGUGGUGCUCUUGGUGGUGGAAGAAUGGCUGGUGCGGUUAAUAGUAGAAGAAUGGCUGGUGCUGGUAAUGGUGGAAGAACAACUGGUGCUGUUCGUAGAGGUCCUCUUAUGGUUAACACUCGGCCAUCAUCAUAUGCUAUUGCCAAGUCUAUUCGCCGAGCUAGGCCCUUUCCAUGGCAGCAUGAUUUGUUUGAAGAUAGCCUAAGAGCUGCAGGGAUUCAAGGAGUAGAAGUAGGCACCAAGUUGUAUGUUUCCAAUUUGGACCGUGGAGUGACCAAUGAAGACAUAAGGGAACUUUUCUCUGAGCUUGGAGAGUUGAAGCGUCAUGCUGUUCAUUAUGACAAAAAUGGACAUCCAAGCGGUUCUGCUGAAGUUGUUUAUACUAGAAGAAGUGAUGCAUUUGCUGCUCUUAAACGAUAUAAUAAUGUACUUUUGGAUGGAAAGCCCAUGAAGAUUGAGAUUGUUGGUUCCAAUCCGGAAUUGCCUAUAUCUGCUCGUGUGAAUGUCACUGGGGUGAAUGGGCGGAGGAAGAGAACUGUUGUAAUGACGCCAAGAGGUGGUCAAGCUGGAGGUCCUGCUAUGCCUAAUCGUGGUGCUGGUUGGGGACGUCGUGGUGGCACAAGGAGUGGGAGGGGUGCUGGUGGAGGUCGAGGUCGUGGUCGUGGUAGGGGUGCUGUUGGAGGCGGAGGCCGUGGCCGCGGAAGAAAGGACAAUGUUGAGAAGUCUGCUGAGGAACUUGACAAGGAACUGGAGACCUAUCAUGCCGAGGCCAUGAACAUCUCUUGAUCUCGGGAGCAGUAGUUUAAUUUGUAAUAUGAGUUAAGAUUGGCAUCGUUGUACAAAAAAGUUCGUUUUCUUAGCGUUAUUCUGAAUCUCACUGCUUUCUGCUUUUAAAUAUGCCAUCCUAUUUGACCUCUCUGGAGUCUUGUUUGAAGGCUGAGUGAUCAACUUAGGGAUUUUAGUUUGCUUUGCGUAUUAUUAUACCAUAUUAUUGCUGCAAAUUGCAUUUGUCUUCUACCC